CUCAGAAUUCUGAGAUUAAAGUCAGAAUUCUGACUUUAAUCUCAGAAUUUUGAGGUGGGCACCUGCAGGCAUCCAUCUUCAGUGACAGGGAUGUGUCCAGGUGUGCAGGUGGAGACCUAAUUCACUAAACAUGGUGGAUAUAAGUGAUUUUUUGCGUGGCCGAGGGGUCCCCGAAGAUGCUGUUUUAUUAAUGGAAGAGCAGAAGAUUGACUGUGACGUCAUAGCACUGAUGGAUGACGCAACUUUGGCAAACUACAUUCCCUCGUACGGAGACCGAAUUGCCCUCUUCAAUUUCUGCAAAAGCAAGCAACCACUGUCAAAAAGAAAACUAGGACUUCUGCAAAAACUUCACCUCUCGAAGUGAGAGAAACAGUCGCUGACAUGUCAGAUUUGGAUGACUUUAUAAGACUGUAUUUCAGACUUUCCUUCAGUAACAAAGAAAUACUUUCAAUUUUAGCACAUAGUCAUCAGACAAUUAUAAGUGUUCGAACUCUAAAGAGAAUUUGUAAAAGACUUGGGCUCUUUAGAAGGAAGAAUCAAUCAAACUUGGAGGAAGUGCUAGCCUUUGUCCAACAAGAGAUCAUGACAAAUGGACAGAUGCAAGGUUAUCGUUGGCUACAUCUUCGUGCAAUUCAACAUGGAUUUGUGGUGUCACAAGAUACUGUAAGAUGCAUAAUCAAAUUGGUAGACCCUCAAGGUGUGGAACUGAGACGAGCUCGACGGUUGAGAAGACGUCAGUACAGCUGCAGAGGGCCAAAUGCUCUCUGGCACAUGGAUGGCUAUGACAAGUUGAAACCAUAUGGUAUUGCUAUCAGUGGCUGCAUAGAUGGUUUUAGCCGCUAUGUUGUAUGGAUGGAGGCUUAUACCACAAACAAUGACCCUAAAUUGAUUGCAAGUUAUUUUCUGAAAACAGUUUCAUGCAUCAAUGGAUGUCCAGAGAGGUUACGUGCUGACCGAGGUACAGAAAAUGGUUGUGUCGAACAAAUGCAGAUGUUUUUACGGAGAAACCACACAGACAGUUUUGCAGGUGAGAAAAGUUUCCUUUACGGAAGAAGUACAGCCAACCAACGUAUAGAAGGAUGGUGGGCUACCCUACGCAAACAGAGUGCACAAUUUUGGAUGAACUUAUUUCAAAGUUUUCAGGAUGAUGGCCACUUCACAGGGGAUUUUUUGGACAAAAGUCUUAUCCAGUUCUGCUUUCUCAAUCUUAUUCAGGAUGAACUUGAUGAAGUUGUGAACACAUGGAACUCGCACAAAAUCCGGCCAAGUGGUAGUGCAGCAUCGGGUCGACCAGUAGUAAUGUACUCAUUUCCAGAGCUGCACAGUGCUGAGGACAGACUGAAACCUAUUUCUAUGGAGGAUAUCACUUUGUGUAUGGAAGAGUGUAGCCCAAAAGGUCAAUACCCCUGUGAUGAAACAGUCUUUGAACUGUGUUGUCUGCUUAUGGUAGAAAAUGAAUGGGAUGCCCCAGGAGAUCCACUUGGUGCUGCAGAUCUGUAUAUUAGGUUAAGAGAAGAAAUACUGCAAAGUAUUUAAGAAACUUCAGUGUGUAAAUGUACAAAUAAAUACAAAAUAUUUCUCUUUAUCUUGAUAACGUGAUUUGAUAGUAGGUGCCAUGUCUUACAGGUACCUUUUAUGCAGGUAUUUCAGCACUGCAUUAAAUGAAAGACAUCUUUUAGGUGUGACCGAACAUGCCAUUUUUCAGGUCAUUCUGUCAGAAUAUUGCUGUUUAUUACUGCUGUAAUGUAAAUUCAGAGUGCUGAUAGGAGAUCGACACCAACUAGUAUCAUUUUAUGUUGAUCAUAGUAAUAAAUACAGUUUGGUUGGUAUCUUUUCCCCCCCAAGUAAGAUUUAUUUCUACAUUCACACUACCAAUAAACAGAACUGGUUAUAUAUUGCUUGAAAAAGCUGAACAUUGUGAUAUUAUCAAUCAGUUAUGAAACACAUGUUAAUCCUUUUAAAAGGCCAUACAUUAAACUGCAUUUACAAAUGUUAUAUUUUUGAUUGAAUCAUAAGUGUUGUAAAUCUGCCUACCCGUCAAUUGCAAUAUAAAUUUCUGUGUUUUGUUGCCAGAUAUGUGCAUAGUAUAUAAAAUAUAAACUGACCAGCUCCCUGUUCAUUGUUUUCUGUAUCAACCUUUAUUCUUAAUAUUCAUGGCUGGAAACCCAGGCACCAGCAUGUGAUAUGCUAGGUGCCCAGGUUAUCUGUGGUAUGUUUCAGCAAACCAUAGUAGCAUUAACAUUUCUAGGUCUUGACAACAGAACGUUUCUAUAAACGUAUCAUUGUUAAUAUUUCAAGUGGUUAUGCCUUUUGGGGAACUUUUAGUGCAAUUAUAUUAAAGCAAAGCUAUUAUAAUCAUUUACACAUAUGAAGAUCCAUCACCUAAUUAUUAUUUUAUUUCACUUCUGUUAGUUGUAAGAUAUUUUAGCUGGUUUUCAUGUAAAAUGACCAUGAGUCAUUGCUAUACUGAUGCAGUGUGAGGUGUCGUAUACAAGGCUCCUUUAUGAUAUGAAUCCUAAAAUUAUAAGAAACAUACCAAAAAUAUUUUGACUUAUAUUUGUAGUAUCCCUGCCCUGCAACAAUGCAACAAAACAGUUCCUGCAAGUGGAACCAAGUUAUUGUCCCAUUAAGUGCAACAUGUUUUACAUUUAUAUUUGUGUAUCUUUAUGAAAUGUUUGAAAUUAAAAAUAAAUGGUAUUCUUCCAUGUUACUGAGCUCAUGUGUGGCAGUCUCUUGAAAUCUGGCAUGUUCAAAUAGAUAAGGAGCUUGAUGAACAUAUUCAAAACAACAAUACAAAUGUACUGUGUACAGUAACAUUUUAUUGGAAAAAGUUUACAAGAAACCUGUUCUUGCCAAUGCCAAUAACAUGGCUAAAACUCAUAACCGUAUAAGCUGCCCUGUAACAAGAAUGACUCAACUUUUAAAACAAACUUAUAGAUCUCAUACAGUCUUGUUACGCAUCAGUAUACAUCAGUGACUUACUGUAAAGAUCAUGAACACUGGCUAUUGUGGUAUCACAUAAAAACAAGUGUGAAUGGUUGAGAACAUACAUGCAUACAAAUAAAAAUGCAUAAUUUCUGGCAGUAAAAAGACAUUUUUUCAGGUGUUAAGAUUAAUACUUUAUCUGAGAACAUGACAAUUUGGCAUUACAAAAGGAUGCCUGAAUAAUCACAGCACUUGACCACUGCACUGAACUGUACAGUGUUUAUUUAUGAUCUUAGUAAUCAAUAACUGUCUUCAAAACAGACUGAAUCCUUUAAGCAGCUUGAAUCAGUUUGAUGGAUGAAUAACAGGUAUGCUUAGAAACAAUAUGACAAUAAGAAAAUACUGGAAUUUUAAAAAAUAUUUUCACCAACUUUAAAUAGAACCUUUGUAAUCAACAACAAAUGCCAAACUUUGAUACCUUAACCUACCUUAACUAAAAAUUGCAUAUACUGUAAAGCAAAAUAUUUUCAGACAUGACAAAUGCAAAUGCAAAAGUAUAAAAUUGUACAUAUUCCUUUUACAAUACAGUGUUGAAUAACAGCAUUACUUUUACAUUAUAACUAUGUUCAGUUUUAGCCCUGACCUAAUAAGAAAAUACCAUCUGAAUGAAUUAGUCUUACUACUAAUUACUUAAAAAAGUAUUUGACUGUGCUGAAUUCUCACACCACACAUGGUGCAUUAAAGAAAGUUUAAGAGCAGUUUAAUUAUAGUUUAUAGA